AUGUACUUCUGCUGGGGCGCCGGCCGCGAGGGGCGGCAGCGCCGGGAGCCCCGGGGCAGGGCCGAGCUGCGGCAGGCGGCCAGCGGGGCGCGCCACUCGCUGCUGCUGCUGAGCGACGGCACCGUCCACGCGGGCGGGGACAACAGCCGCGGCCAGCUGGGCCGGCGGGGCGCGCCGCGGGGGCCCGAGCCAGAACCCAUUAAGGCACUGGAAACUCUAAACAUUGGUUUCGUGAGCUGUGGAAAGGAGCACUCCCUGGCUGUUUGUCACCAAGGAAGGGUCUUUGCUUGGGGAGCUGGUUCUGACGGACAGCUGGGGAUUGAAGAAUUUAUGGAAAUAAUUUUUACACCUAAGAAGAUAAAAACUCUGAGUGGUAUAAAAAUAAUACAAGUUUCCUGUGGAGACUACCAUUCCCUGGCAUUAUCGAAAGAUGGCCAAGUGUUUUCAUGGGGAAAGAACAGCCAUGGGCAGCUGGGCCUGGGGAAGAAUUCUCCCUCCCAAGCCAGCCCGCAGAGGAUGCGGUACUUAGAGGGGAUCCCCCUGGCUCAGGUGGCUGCAGGAGGGGCCCACAGCUUUGCUCUGUCUCUCUCUGGGACUGCAUAUGGCUGGGGAAGCAACAAUGCAGGACAGCUGGCCCUCAGUGGGAAAAAUGACUCAGUGCAAAGCUACAAGCCUGUUUCAGUUGGUAUACUGAAGAGUCUAGAUGUGAUUUAUAUCAGCUGUGGUUAUGAACACACUGCAGUGCUUACUCAGAAUGGCAAAGUGUUCACAUUUGGAGACAAUUCCUUUGGACAGCUGGGACACAGCCCCACUGCUAAGAAGAGUGGUCCACAAGAAGUGGAAAGAAUUGAUGGCCUAGUUUCACAGAUAGAUUGUGGAAGUUACCACACCCUGGUGUAUGUCUACACCACUGGUAAGGUGUUGUCUUUCGGUCAUGGACCAAGUUGCACAAGCACCCCACCUCAUCCGGAGGCCCAGACAGAAAACGCUGACAUUAGCUGCCUGAUUUCUGCUGAUGACCUUGUGGAUGUUCAAGUCAAACACAUUUUUGCUGGGACACACGCCAACUUUGUGACCACUGAGCAGGAUACCGGUUCCACGAAUGUUUCCAAGAAAACCUUGCCAGAAAUAAGCCGAAUUAACCAGUCCCAGACAGAACAGUGGAUGGCAAUGACACCAAGAAGUAAUGAAUAUGAAGCGACUAAGAGUGAAAUUAGAAUGAUAUUUUCAUCUCCUGCUUGUCUGACUGCAAGUUUUUUAAAGAAAAGAGAAUCUGGAGAAGCGAAUUCCAUUGAUGUGGACUUACAAAUGGCAAAAGAUACCUUUGAGAAGUUAACAGAAAAGGAAUGGAUUUCUUCCACGAUAACCACGAGCCUCAGGGAUAACCUCCUCAGAGCUCUCCCAUGCCAUUCUUUACGCCAAGAAGUGCUAUCGGUUUUCCUUCUGCUCCCACUGUGUCCAGUGAUGCAUCAUCCUGAAAACUGGGGAAACCUGGUGGUUCCGUUUGCCCAGGCUGUUGGUACAAUGAAUGGCCGGUCUUUACGAGUCCUGAAGAAGUGUUGGGCAUCUUUGCAAGAGUCUUCUUUCAACACACUGGUCCAGAUGCUUAAAUCAGCCAUCAUUGCUCAAAUGACUUUCUGGAUUGAAACACCUCAGAAUAACUGCAAUGUUAGAGCUCUUCUAAAAAUGAUGAAAGAAUUGUAUAAUGUAAACAAAGCUACUUGUCAAUUACCAGAGAAUACUUUCAUCAUAAAUGAACUCUCCACUCUGUUGGUCUUUAUUGAAGAAAGAAGAAGAAUGUGCAAUAGAGAUAACAAUGUGGUAACUGCAGGAAACUUCAGUCCCAUUAUUUUCAGUGAAUUUCCAUUUAUCUUUAACUUGUUAUCCAAAAUUAAACUAUGGCAAGCUGAUUGCUUUUUGAAACAAUGGGAGUCACAAAUUGCGUAUAUGAUUUCACUAGGGAAGAAUGAAUUCCCUCCACCACCCCAAUUUUUACUUCGAAUCAGACGAAGUCACCUGGUUGAUGAUGCUCUGCAUAAAUUAAACAUAGCGGAAGACACUGACCUUCGGAAAAAAUUGGUGAUUGAAUUUAUUGACGAAAUUUGUUCCAUGGGUGUUGGGGUAAAGUCCGAGUUCUUCCACUUCAUAUUUGAAAAGAUGACCAAGACAGAAUAUGGAAUGUUCAUAUAUCCUGAAGAGGGUUCCUACAUGUGGUUUCCUAUCAGUCCUAACUAUAAUAAGAAGAGAUAUUUCCUCUUUGGGAUCCUGUGUGGACUCUCCCUGUACCAUUCAAAUGUUGCCCAUAUUCCUUUCCCACUGGCUCUGUUUAAGAAACUUCUGGACCAAAGACCAUCAUUGGAAGAUUUAAAAGAACUCAGUCCCCGUUUGGGAAAGAGUUUGCAAGAAGUUCUCAAUUAUGAGGCUGAUGACAUUGGAGAAGCACUUUGCAUGUAUUUUUCUCUACGAUGGGACCAACAUAAUGUUGAUUUAAUUCCAAAUGGGAUCUCUAUACCUGUGGACCAAACCAACAAGACCGAUUAUGUUUCUCAGUGUGUUGAUUACAUUUUCAACACUUCCGUAGAGGCCGUUUAUAAGGAAUUUCAGAGAGGAUUUUAUAAAGUCUGUGACAAAGAGAUACUUGGACUUUUCCACCCUGAAGAACUAAGGACAGCAAUAAUUGGAAAUACUGAUUAUGACUGGAAACAAUUUGAAAAGAAUUCAAUAUAUGAGCAAGAAUACCAUGAAUCACAUCCUACUAUACAGAUGUUUUGGAAAGCUUUCCACAGAUUAACUCUGGAUGAAAAGAAAAAAUUCCUCUUUUUUCUUACAGGAAACGAUAGGCAGACUGCAAGAGGAUUACAAGAAAUGAGGAUCAGAUUUCGCUGUUCUGAAACGUUGAGUGAAAGGGAUUACCCAAGACCACUCGUAUGUCAUAGUAUCCUGGACCUCCCUAAAUAUUCUACUAUGGAAAGACUGGAGGAAGCACUUCACGUAGCCAUCAACAACAACAGCGGAUUUGUCUCGCCCAUAGACACACAGUGA